CGUCGCUCUCUCUUUCUCACCAGACACAGCGGCAAAGCAAUGGCGUCAGACGGAGGUAGUUGUGCUUUGAUUUCUCCCUGCGCCUUUUCCCCCAGAUCACAUCAGUAUCUUGCCUUGUCCACGCAGGACGGCAGGCUCCGGCUCUGGGACACACUAAGCAACACUUUGUAUCAGGAAUACGUGCCUUCAGCCCAUUUGAGUGCCACUUGUACCUGCUUAGCUUGGGGACCGUGCAGGACAAUCAAGGACGGCCCUCAGCGGAAGAAACGGAAGUCGGAGGGUGCUCCGCACAGUGACCAGCUGGACCUGCUGGCACUGGGCACUGCAGCAGGCACUGUCCUCUUGUACAGCACAGUUAAGGGACAGCUACAUAGCAAGCUGGAUGGUGGUCACGACAGUAAAGUGAACUGUGUCCGGUGGCACCCGGAGAACAACUGUCUAUACAGCUGCUCUGACGACUCUCACAUAGUGGAGUGGGACCUACAGACUGGCAAAGUGAAAUGCAAGUGGAAGGCAGACAAGUGUGCGGUGAGCUGCCUGUGCCUCAGUCCUGAUGGGAAGAUGCUGCUGUCCGCUGGGCAGACCAUCAAGAUGUGGGACCUGGAGACCAAGGAGGUGUAUCGGCGGUUCACAGGUCAUGCCACGGCAGUGUCCACACUCUGCUUCACCACCAUGAGACCCCCGACCCACGAUACGGAGGGGCUCUACUUCCUGUCAGGAGCUGCACACGACCGCCUGCUCAGUGUCUGGCAGGUGCGGUCGGACGGGAAGGAUAAGAAUGCCGUGCUGUCCUUCACCCUGACAGAUGAACCCAUCUAUGUGGACCUGGCUGUGUCCCAGAGCAAAGAUGAGGCGGUGAAGUUGGUGGUGGUGUGCAAGGAUGGCCAGAUGCACCUCUAUGAGCAUGUCCUCAAUGGUCGCUGUAAGAAGCCCCUCUCCCCCUCGUGCUCGGUGCAGGUUGCCUCUCCUGGUUCAGUUGGUGACGGUUUGCCUCGGCCAGUCCCUAUCCUGGCUGCCGCCCUGACUAUGGACAAACAGGCCCUCCUCCUGGCCUAUGGGAGCGGCUUGCAGCCUGUUAUCGAACGCACUACUCUGAAUGCUGGCGAGACUCAUGUGUGUUUGGUGAGGGAUAUCCAGGCCUCGCUGACAUUCCGCACCGAGACCACUUUCACCAAGGUGAAGACACCCACAGUUAAAGCUGAUGCCAAGCUCCUGGUGCCAGGACUUCCUGGGCACAGUGCACCCAUCAAAUCUACGCCCCUGGAAAUAAAGAGGAAACCAGGUUCUGACACCAAAGAAAUGUCCAUCGAGGAGCGCCUCGGUGUGAUUGAUUUAUCCCCGACAGAAGGACGCAAGGAGGUCCACAAGGGGGGUCUCCCUCUCCAGACAGACAGCUUUGCAGUGCUGCUGGUCCAGGGCUUGGAGAGCAGUGACAGCAACAUCCUCAACAAAGUGUUUCAGACGAGAAAGGAGGUGUUGAUAAAGAAGACUGUUGCCAGGUUACCAAUCCCUGCUGUGCUGCCCUUGGUGCAGGAGCUCACAAAGAGAAUGCAAGGCCAUCCAUAUAGCGGGGUGUUGAUGGUCCGAUGGCUGAAGGCUGUCUUCACAUUCCAUGCCUCCUAUCUAUCAACGUUGCCGAGCCUGAUGUCCCAGCUGGGAGUGCUGUAUCACAUGAUAGAGAGCAGAGUCAAGAUGUUUCACAAGCUGUCCCGGCUCCACGGGAAGCUCUACCUGCUCAUCACACAGAUUGCAGCUAUUGACAAGUCACAGAGUGUCGCAGAAUUGGACCAGACAGCCAAACUCGUCUAUGAGGAAGAUUCUUCAGAAGAGGAAGAGGAGGGAUCAGGAGAUGAGAUGUUGGCUGAGGAGGAAGACUCUGAUCACUGGGAGGAAGAGGAGGUAAAGGAAGUUUCGGGAUGGUCAAAGAAAGAGGAAGGGGAUGGGGAGGAGCACAGUGACGAGGAGAUGAACAUAGAAAAUAAACUCAAUGGAGAUUCAGACCUGGAACCAGACAACGAGAGCGAGGAGGAAUGAGGAAAUACAUAUAUAUAACUUUUUUUGUUUUGUUUUAUUUUCAAAGUUUUAUACAAAAUAAAAAUGAAAUCAAUGUGCCAGUUUUGCUGGUGCUCCUGCCCAAGACUGCCUUUGGGGGGCGCUGUUCUGAUAAGUGGAGCAGAGGAUGGGCUGCUUUACCUGGGGAGAGGAACCCCUGUGUUCUCUGGAGACUAAAGACUAGCGCUCCCCGCACCCCCAAUGUGAGAAGGCAAGGAGCUGAAAGGGAUCAGAGGAUCAACUCCAUUCAUCCAGACUUCUUUAAUCUUUUUUUUCUACAUAGCCAGCCCUAUGUAAAUCUUGACUAUUUGUUUGUACAGCACAAUGUUUGUAUAAUGUAGGUUUUAGUGCUGUUCUGGCAGAGAAACAAAGACUUCAGAAUUAAACACAGAAAAAAAAGAUUCUGUAAACCGAA